GAGAGUUAGGGCAAAACACUUCGGGGUGAGCUGCUCGUAAUGGGGAAAUGGUGAGCCUUAGGAAUGGCUGGGCAUCGUAGGGGGCGGCGGGGGCAUGCUGUCACCACCCGAGGCCAAGCCAGGCUCUUCUUGGGCUCUGACCUCCCCUGCCUGGAACACUCCAUGGCUCCCCAUUGCCCCCAGCAUGGAGGCCAGGCCUCUGCUCAGUGUCGCGUGGCUCCGUAGCCUCUCCGGCCUCAUGAAGCACCACUCUCCUUCCUCGCCUUCUCGUGUUUGUAGCUUGCUGGCGAAGGCCGUCCUGUGUGAGGAGUGAGUGCCAGCUCUGAGGUGGGGGCUGUGUGGCCCUGGGUUGGCAGAUUUGCCUGUCUGGCCUUCAGUUUCCUCACCUGUAAACCGCCUGGGGAGGCUUCACGGAAAAGGUAUUGUUGUAGUUGGGUUUUGAGGCACAAAUAGGAGUUUGCUGGGUAGGCUUGGGAAGGGAGUCCAGGUAGAGAGAAGGGGUGGACUCUCCCUGGGGAUUUCUGGCUCCAGCCAAGGGUGUGGGGAGGGGAUGCCCGUGUGGACGGGCAUUCUCCCUGGAGAACUUCGGAAGGAUCUGACUGCGUGGCCGGGCCGCUGCGGCUUGCCCCUUGCUGGCUGGGUUACAGGUCUGUCUGUGCUGGUGAGGAACUAUGGGAGCAUUGGUUUGGGGGUGGAGGGGUUGGUCAGCUGGUCUGGGAAUAAUUAACCCUGUGAGGAGUCAAGGGUGGCGGUAGGCCUGGCUCUCACCUGGUGGACCCCGUUCCGGCUGUAGGCAGCCCCUCGGAGCUGGUUGCCCGCUGGCCUCAUGUCCCCUCUGCCUCCAGGCCCUGACAUGUCCCUGUCUGGAGCAUGACCCACGCUGGCCCACCGCGUGUUACACCAGCUCAGAGCUCUGGUUCCUGGGAUUUCUCCACCCAGGUGAACUCCUCUUCCCUCAACUCCCCCACGGGGCGUGGCUCCAUGGCCGCCCCCUCACUGCACCCCUCUCUCGGGCCCGGCAUCGGCUCCUCGCUCGGCUCCCCCGGCCAGCUGCACUCGCCCAUCAGCACCCUGAGCCCCCCCAUCAACGGCAUGGGCCCACCAUUCUCGGUCAUCAGCUCCCCCAUGGGCCCCCACUCCAUGUCAGUGCCCACCACGCCCACCCUGGGCUUCGGCACCAGCAGCCCCCAGCUCAGCUCGCCCAUGAACCCCGUCAGCAGCAGCGAGGACAUCAAGCCCCCGCUGGGCCUCAAUGGUGUCCUCAAAGUCCCGGCCCACCCCUCAGGGAACAUGGCGUCCUUCACCAAGCACAUCUGUGCCAUCUGCGGGGACCGCUCCUCAGGCAAGCACUACGGCGUGUACAGCUGCGAGGGCUGCAAGGGCUUCUUCAAGCGGACGGUGCGCAAGGACCUGACCUACACCUGCCGGGACAACAAGGACUGUCUGAUCGACAAGCGGCAACGCAACCGCUGCCAGUACUGCCGCUACCAGAAGUGCCUGGCCAUGGGCAUGAAGCGCGAAGCCGUGCAGGAGGAGAGGCAGCGGGGCAAGGACCGGAAUGAGAACGAGGUGGAGUCCACCAGCAGUGCCAACGAGGACAUGCCGGUGGAGAAGAUUCUGGAGGCGGAGCUGGCCGUCGAGCCCAAGACCGAGACGUACGUGGACGCGAACAUGGGGCUGAACCCCAACUCGCCCAACGACCCCGUCACUAACAUCUGCCAGGCGGCGGACAAGCAGCUCUUUACCCUGGUCGAGUGGGCCAAGCGGAUCCCGCACUUCUCAGAGCUGCCCCUGGACGACCAGGUCAUCCUGCUGAGGGCAGGCUGGAACGAGCUGCUCAUCGCCUCCUUCUCCCACCGGUCCAUCGCCGUGAAGGACGGGAUCCUCCUGGCCACCGGGCUGCACGUCCACCGGAACAGCGCCCACAGCGCCGGGGUGGGCGCUAUCUUUGACAGGGUGCUGACGGAGCUCGUGUCCAAGAUGCGGGACAUGCAGAUGGACAAGACGGAGCUGGGCUGCCUGCGCGCCAUCGUCCUCUUCAACCCCGACUCCAAGGGGCUCUCGAACCCGGCGGAGGUGGAGGCCCUGCGGGAGAAGGUCUACGCGUCUCUGGAGGCAUACUGCAAGCACAAAUACCCUGAGCAGCCGGGAAGGUUCGCCAAGCUGCUGCUGCGCCUUCCUGCUCUGCGCUCCAUCGGCCUCAAGUGCCUGGAACACCUUUUUUUCUUCAAACUCAUCGGGGACACGCCCAUCGACACCUUCCUCAUGGAGAUGCUGGAAGCUCCGCACCAAAUGACUUAGGCCCGCGGCCCGUCCUUCGCGCCCGCCUGCCCGCGCCCCC